AUGGCCGUCGAAACCACCAACCCAGAGGACGUUGUUGUCCAGCCGGCCUACAACGAAAAGUUCCCGCACUCGGAUGUCGACCUCAAGUCUGACACUGAUGGCGAGGAUGACAGGAUUACAGAUCUUUUCACUAGUUUUCCUAUGCCCAAGGGAAUUGAGCCCGAGGCUAAUCCGCUGACGGUUCGUGCCAUGGUGGUUGGUAUCGUCCUCGGAUCGCUUGUCAACGCCUCCAACGUCUACCUGGGUUUGAAGACAGGAUUUACCUUUCCAGCCACUAUGUUCGGAGCUAUCUUUGGUUAUGGCUUCAUCCUGAUGUUGACCAAGUCCUUGCCCAACGUCCCCUUUCUCGGCGGCAAAUUUGGCCCUCAGGAGAACUCCAUCAUCCAGGCCGCUGCCACUGGAGCCGGUGGCAUGUCCGGUGUCUUUGUUGCCGGUCUGCCUGCUAUGUAUCGCCUCGACCUCCUGUCGGAUGAUCCCAAGAAGGACUUUGGCCGCAUCCUCACCAUCACCUUUGUCUGCGCCCUCUUCGGUCUCUUCGCUGCUGUCCCUCUUCGAAGGUUCUUCAUCAUCAAUGUCGCUCGGGAGCUUAACCUGGUCUUCCCUACUCCGACUGCUACGGCCAUGACCAUCCGUUCCAUGCACGCUGUGGGCUCUGGUGCUGUUGAUGCUAUGAAGAAGGUCAAGGCUUUGGGCUACGCCUUUCUCCUUGCCAUUAUCAUUAUUGUUGUUGGCCAGUAUGCCGAUGGCAUCCUGCACAACUGGCACAUCUUUACUUGGUUCUACGUCUGGGGAGGCUACUCUGUGCCUGGACUCCUGGCCAUUGAGAGCUGGGGCUGGUACGUCCAGUUGACCCCUGCUUUCUUCGGCUCUGGUAUCCUGGUUGGCCUCAACGCCGCCCUCUCUUGGUUUGGAGGUACUGUUGUCGCUUGGGCCCUCAUCGGCCCCCUCCUGGUCCACUACGGAGAGUGCAUCGGUGUCAUGGUUGGCGAGGGCAAGUGGGAAGGCUUGACCCGAUUCAGCGUCAUGACUGGCGUUGACCAGCCUGGCUACGUUCCCUCUCCUCGAUACUGGCUUCUGUGGCCCGGUGUCAUGGUCCUCAUGGUUUACAGCCUGGUCGAGUUCUUCCUCCACGCCAAGGUCGUCUGGGACGGAAUCAAGUUUGCUAUGCGCGAGUCUGCUCGCUCCAUCAACAACAAGCUGCAGGCUCGCGGAAAGAACGUUGCCUUUUUGGAGAAGCAGGCUCGCAAGGCCGAUGAGGGCAGUGGACUCGUUGAGGACUUUGCUCUUCCUGAGCAACAGGUUCCUAGCUGGGUCUGGGUCGUCGGAGCCCUCGUCUUUGUUGUUGUUGCCUGCAUCGUUGCUGAGCUGCAGUUCCACAUGAACGCUGGUCUGGCUAUCCUGGCUUGUAUUCUGGGUCUGCUCUUUGCCUUCAUGUCCAUCUAUGGCGGUGCCGUCACUGAUGUCGCCCCUCUCACUGCCUCGGCCAAGGCUUCGCAGCUUGUGUACGGUGGCAUCACCAAGGGCCACUACGAGAUCAAGGCUGCCCAGAGAAUCAACCUGGUCGCUGGUAACAUUGCCUCUGGAACCGCCGAUGUUGCCAACUCGCUAGUCAGCGAUUUCCGUGUUGGUUUCCUGCUCAAGACUCCUCCCAAGCUGCAGUUCUACGCUCAGGCUAUGGGCACCUUUGUCUCCGUCUUCCUCGCCCCCGGAAUCUUUGUCCUCUUCAUGUCGGCAUACCCUUGCGUCUUCAAGCCUAGCGAUGAUCCCGCCGAUGUCUGCCCCUUUGCUGCUCCCUCCGUCAGCGCUUGGGAGGCUGUCGCCGUGGCUGUGACCAUGCCCAAGAUCCCCAUCCCUCGAUCUUCGGCCAUCUUCGCCAUCGUCAUGGGUGUCGUCUGUGCUCUCCAGGCUGUCCUCAAGCACUUCUACCUUGUCGGCCCCCGUGAGAAGUACCGCAACUGGCUCCCCAACUGGAUGUCGGUCGGUGUCGCCUGGGUCCUGGGCCCCGACAGUGGCUACGCCAACGCCGUCAUGUUUGGUUCCAUCACUGCCUGGUGGUGGCGCAAGUGGUUCCGCAACAACUUUGAGAUGUACGCCUUUGCUGUCGCUGCUGGUCUGAUUGCUGGAGAGGGUCUUGGUGGUGUCGUCAAUGCUGCUCUGGAACUUGGAAAGGUCAGCGGUACUUUCAAGGGAUCUGAGAUUGCCCUUCCCGGUGGUACAUGGUAA